CCCCCCAACGCCCCCCUCAUCAUCGUCGAACCCGGCAUGGGCGACAGCCACCUGAGCUGGAAACACCUCCAACAACUCAUCACCACCGCCGGCCUGGCCCAAGUCCUCCUCUACGACCGCGCCGGACUCGGCCGCAGCGAUUCCCCAUCCACAUCCCCAUCCACCCCCCGAACCGCCACCACCAUGGCCCACGAACUCGACCUCCUCCUCACAGCCGCCAACAUCCCCGGCCCAUACAUCAUCGUCACGCAUUCCUACGGGGGCAUCAUUGCGCGGGAAUUCCUCGCUCUCCGCGAGCCCGAUAUCGCAGGGAUGGUCUUUGUGGAUGCUGAACAGGAAGAUACCUCGCUUGUUAUGGAUGUUCCUUGGGAAACAUUACAUUCGCUGCUCGGAGAGAUGGAUUACUACUCCAUCGUGGCCUUAGACACCGAACAUGUUUUCUCAAAUACCGACUGGGAAGAAAUCAAAGCCGAAAGUAGCCGCCCAUCAACCAAAAACACAAGUGACUUGGAAGGCGCAGAGAGCAAGUCCUCAUGUGCCGCAUUACGUGAAAAACAACAACUACAGAAAAGAGUGCUGGGGCGAAAACCAGUCGGCGUGCUCAAAGGCAACUCGGUACGGGAUUAUCAGCGGAUUUAUGAGGCGGUGGUUACGGCGGGGAGGGGGACGGAGGCGGAGAGGGCGUUGAUGAGGGGGGUGAUUGAGCGGUUGAGGACGAAGGAGGAAGGGUUGCAGAGGGGGGUUUUGGAGUUGUCGGAGGUGAGGAGGUUUGAGGUUGUCGAGACGGGACAUAAUGUGCAGUUGACGAGGCCGGAGAGUAUUAUGGAGAUGGUGAGGUGGGUUUUGGAGAGGUGCAAUGGAGGGUACUAA